UCCUCAGAGCCCUGCUGGCCACCGGGUUCUCCUCAGCCGUCCCGCGCACUCCGCGGGAGGAGCUGCCGACGGCCGUGACGCGUCAGGGAGGAAACGCCGGCGCCCGGCGGCCCUGUGGGGAAGGAGGAAGACCCGGCGCGCUCGGCUCCGCGCCCGCCGCGCCGGGAGGCAGCACCGCGGCGCCGGAUGGCUUUAUACUCUUGCAACGCAUAAGGAAUUUUUGAGCUCCCUAAGACAUGUUCAGUGAACUUCUUCUCAUCAUCAGAGGUUGCAUGAUGGAAGUUGAACAUUACCUCAAGAGGUUUUAUGUUUUGGAUUAGUUGUUUGUCCCAUGCUGACUCUACGGACUCUAUUUUGGCAUUAAAUGCAAAGAGAUUAUACCAUGGACUACAAGGAAAGCUGCCCGAGUGUAAGCAUUCCCAGCUCUGAUGAACACAGAGAGAAAAAGAAGAGAUUCACUGUUUAUAAAGUUCUGGUCUCCGUGGGCAGGAGUGAGUGGUUUGUCUUCAGGAGAUAUGCCGAGUUUGAUAAACUUUACAACACUUUAAAGAAGCAGUUUCCUGCUAUGGCCCUGAAGAUUCCUGCUAAGAGAAUAUUUGGUGAUAAUUUUGAUCCAGAUUUUAUUAAACAAAGAAGAGCAGGACUGAAUGAAUUCAUUCAGAACUUAGUCAGGCAUCCAGAGCUUUACAAUCAUCCAGAUGUCAGAGCAUUCCUUCUAAUGGACAGUCCAAAGCAUCAGUCGGAUCCGUCUGAAGAUGAGGACGAAAGAAGUACUCAGAAGCUACACUCUACCUCACCAAACAUCAACUUGGGACCAUCUGGAAAUCCUCAUGCUAAACCAACUGACUUUGAUUUUUUAAAAGUUAUUGGGAAAGGCAGCUUUGGCAAGGUUCUUCUUGCAAAACGUAAACUGGAUGGAAAAUUUUAUGCUGUCAAGGUAUUACAGAAAAAAAUAGUUCUCAACAGGAAAGAGCAAAAACACAUUAUGGCUGAACGUAAUGUGCUCUUAAAAAAUGUGAAGCAUCCAUUUUUGGUCGGAUUACAUUAUUCAUUCCAAACAACUGAAAAGCUUUAUUUUGUUCUGGAUUUUAUUAAUGGAGGAGAGCUGUUUUUUCACUUACAAAGAGAACGAUCCUUUCCAGAACACAGAGCAAGGUUUUAUGCUGCUGAAAUUGCCAGUGCAUUGGGUUACUUGCACUCCAUUAAGAUAGUAUAUAGAGACUUGAAACCAGAAAAUAUUCUUUUGGAUUCAGUAGGACAUGUUGUCUUAACAGAUUUUGGGCUUUGUAAAGAAGGAAUUGCUAUUUCUGAUACCACCACAACAUUUUGUGGGACACCAGAGUACCUUGCACCUGAAGUAAUCAGGAAACAGCCAUACGACAACACCGUGGAUUGGUGGUGUCUUGGUGCCGUCCUCUAUGAAAUGCUGUAUGGAUUGCCUCCUUUUUAUUGCCGAGAUGUUGCUGAAAUGUAUGAUAAUAUUCUUCACAAGCCCCUAAGUUUGAGGCCAGGAGUGAGCCUCACAGCCUGGUCCAUUCUGGAAGAACUCCUCGAGAAAAACAGGCAAAAUCGACUUGGUGCCAAAGAAGACUUUCUUGAAAUUCAGAACCAUCCUUUCUUUGAAUCACUCAGCUGGACUGACCUGGUACAAAAGAAAAUUCCACCACCAUUCAAUCCUAAUGUGGCCGGACCAGAUGAUAUCAGGAACUUUGACACAGCAUUUACAGAAGAAACAGUCCCAUAUUCCGUGUGUGUGUCUUCAGACUAUUCUAUAGUGAACGCCAGUGUGUUGGAGGCUGAUGACGCGUUUGUUGGUUUCUCUUAUGCACCUCCUUCAGAAGACUUGUUUUUGUGAACAACUUGCCAUUCAGAAACCAUCGAGCAGUUACACAUCCACAGAUGAGACUGAAACUCCUUUUGUGUGCAUAUAUUCAAAUAUGUAUAACGAGUGCCUAAUUUUUAUCUGUAAUGUUGAUAACUAUGAAAAGUGUAUUUUCUGCUGUAUGCAAGAAAAUAGGGCAUUUCAAAGAGCUACAUUUAGAAUUAAAAUUUGUAUUCUUGUUUAUUAAGCUUAUUUUUGAACAGAAAUUUUAAAAAGUUUUAUUCUUAGCAUUAACCUAUUUUUAAAGAAAACUUUUUUGCUAUUGACUGUUUUCUCCCUGAGUUUACACUAACAUCUACCCAAGGUGGACUGCUUUUUAACAGUCUAUUUCAGUUCAGUUAACAUAUAUUAAUACCUUUAUAAUGCUAUGCUAUGAGAACUAUGCAAUGGUACAUGGUUAUCCAAAAGAAACCAUAUCUUUCCAUGCUAAAUCAUGGUUUGAAAUAACUGACUAUUGCCAGGAUUAAGAUGUAAAAGCAUAGUUAUCACAUUGGCUGCUAGUUAACACUGAAUAACUGUUCAUUCCACAGAUCAUUUAACAUGCAACAAAAUGAAAUCAAUCAUUUGCUUUGGAAAUAACAACUCAAAUUUAUGAAUUCUUUAUCCUUUAGAAGAAAAGAACAGUUUAAUGGUUAGAAGUUUUAGGUAUUUCCAAAGAUCUAAAAGAUAAUAAAAAACUGGUUUUUUUUUAGGUGGUGCCAAAAAUGAAUGUCUCUGUGUCAUGUAUUUAUAUUACAAAAUAUAUUCUAUUUAUGUUCUGUUUGAUCUUUUAAAUGUUUAAUAUGCUGUUAAGUAACUAAAUCUUGGUAUUUGCUUUUGCAAAUAGCUGUUUCAAAGCUGUCUUCCUAAUGAGUUAAGUAAAAACAAAAAAAUGAUACUGAGCUUUCUAGAAUAUUUACUUAGUCUGGGUCAGUGUAAAUAAAUAAGGUUUGACUAUAAUGUAACAAAGGUUAAAAAUAAUUCCAAUGCAUAUUCAACAUCUUAUGUAUUUUAGAGUGUAGGAAACUGACCUUAAAAUCAUAAUGUGCCAGCUAAAUUAUACACUUAUAAUUGUAAAGAUUAACUAAAGAAAAACUAAGAGAAAAUAACUACAGAAAAACUAAAAAUGCUCAACUUGGAAUUCCAAGUCAUAGAGGAAAGGAUUUUGAAGUCCUAAUAGGAAGCAUUGUUAAGAAAGAGUUGAGGGACCCAGUUUAAAUGUUUCAGCAAUCAAUCAUUCCAAGCCUUCUCCCGAGAAAUCACCAGAGCAUUUCUCACCAAUGCCCUUUGGCUCUAAAAUGCUCAGCAGAAUUGAGGGGAGGGGAGGUUGAUCAUAUUUACAUUCAGUACACUGAAUCUUCCUUAAGAGGUAAGACUUUAAUAUCUACACUGUAAAUAUUUGGUUUGUUUGACACUACUGUAAGUUUUGCUUUUACAUAAAAUUCUUUGGUUAUAACUCAAAAAUAAAACUUCUAUUGUUUUUUUUUACUUAGCCAUUAUUGAACUGCCAAAAAUUAAAGUGCAAUAUUGUAUAUUUUUUAAGAAUUAAACAGGAUUUUGAUGUUUUAGGAUCAAAAGAAUAAAUUCAUAUGCAGUAUAAUAAAAUUAGAAAAGAUGAAUGAUCA